UUUCAAUUUAACGACUUCAAUAUAUGUUACGAUAAUUCCUUUGUUUUAGAAAAAUGACAGAUACAAAUGAGAAAGUUCCUGGUCAUAGCCCUGCUGCCAAAGUGGGAGGCAUGAGGGUGACAGCCAAUGCGCAUACUAGUUCUGAUGAACCAAAACCAACAAGCGGUCCUCUAAAUGCAAUGGCGACAACAGGUGGAGAUGCAGCUCUAGCAUUGGCGAGUAGUCCCAAAAGCUCAAAUCAACAGGCUAUCGCUAGGGAAUUACACGAAGAGAGUGUGCGCAACAAGCAUGCUAAGCUUCAGCCAGCCGUUGAGAAACAUCAUCACAAUGCUCCGAAGCCACACAUUCAGCAGCCAUCUAAGCAGUGAAAACAGGCGAAGACAUGUUUGUGUCUAUAAACAGACUGUGUGGUCUUUGAGUGGCUAUGUAGUGGGAUACGGGAAUUUCUUACAUGCAUACAACUGCGAAAUCAAGUGUAUUCCAGUGAUGUAGCUUUACCAAUUUAUAUUUGAGUUUCAUUUUUUGCUUAAUGAGUAAAUGAUUUGUUAAUUGUGAAUGAUGGGUUGAGGUGGCCGAAUCUUAAUGCUCGAACAUCCUGGUUCUAUGAAGAAUAUAAAGACAUCAUUCCAAAUGAAAAAGAUUUGUAAUUUUUGUAUAUAAUUGCAGGAUCUUUGGGACUGUGGCCCAUGUGUAAUUGAUGAAUGUCGCUAAAAGUGUAACUUGAUGUUUGUACAAAAUGACAAUUUUUCUUGUCUGGAGUUGAAAUUGAUAUUUAAUAACAGAAGUCCUCAUAAAGAUCGUUACUUUAAGCAUGUCCUAUUUUUUCAUCAAAAUUAACAAAUAUAUUUUUGGUUUCGGAA